AUGUCAUUACCAACCACCCCAUCUCUCCUUCCCAUUCGACCCUUCUCGUCCUCCUCCGAUGAGCACAUCCUCCUGUCAUCAUCCAACAUGAUAGGAGUAAUAUUCGAGACGCUACUUUCAAAUCAAACCAACAACAAUAACACCAAUGGUACUCUUCCUUCCAUUCAACAUUCAAUGGAUGCCUUCUUCUUUGUGAGUUUAGCCUUCACUCUUGUGAUCGGAACCAUUCUCUCCAUUCUCAUUUUGAGAUUUUAUACCAAAUCCAAUCCAUUUCCAUGGUUCUUGUACAUUCCUCUUUUAAUUACUUAUUUAAUGUUAUUUACUGCAGUUUCACUAGUUUGUAUUGAUUUGGCAAGUGCCAUUUCAAGUGGUAAAUUAAAUAAGAAACAAUUAGCUGAUCCUGCAUUGGUCGUCUUGUGGAGAUUUAUUUAUUGGUCUUUACAAAUUCUCUCAUGGAUUUUACUUCCAGUGUUUCAAAGUUAUUUAUAUACUGGUGAAUUUUUAGCAAUUUUUCGAUGGUUACGUGCCAUUCUCGAUAACAUUAUCACCUAUUCAGUCAUGUUAUUAGUGGGUGGUAUUGCAUUGGGUGGAUUUUGUUUAUAUAUUGCCAUUUCUAAUUUACAAGAUCCACAACAUGCACAAAUUAUUUCAUUGGAUUUAAUAGCAGGUUUAGGAUUGAGUUUGUCCAACAUUUAUGGUUUAGUAUUAUUGGUUGGAUUUAUUGGAUAUGGACUUGUUGGUCUUCCUCGUUCUAUUUUAGAUAUGAGUAAUGAUGAACGUCAAUUAAGACUCUAUGAAUUUAAAACACCAACCAUUGUAGAAGAAUUAGAAGAUUUAGAAGAUGAAUUAUUAGAAUAUUUAAGUAUUUGUAAAGUAUUGGAUCGAAAAGUGGAAUCUCAUCACAAACAACGUAAAAAUUUAGAUCGAAUUAUGAAAACAGUUCAACAAGUCACAGAUAAUCAUCCUCAAUUAUUGAAAAAAGCAAGACAAAGUACUUUGAGAGAGGGUGAUCUCAAUUUAAUUCCAUCCAAUAUUGAAGAAUUAAGUCGUUCUCAAUGUGUGAAAAUUCAUCGAUUAUUACAAAAAGCCAUUCGUGAAUUCAGUUCCAAACAAUAUCAAUGGAAACAUCUUCAAAGAAAAGCCUUCAUUCUUCAAGAUAUCAUUGAAUCCAAAUCGAAUCAUUCUGAAAAGAGAAUUGUCUCAGUGUUUCGUAGUCCUCGUCCUAAAUUUCUUCAAAAGAUUUUAGAGAAACCUGAAUGGAUCUAUCGAACCUAUUUGAGAUCCUUCUUUUUGAAAUUACUAGUACUUUUAUUCAUUCCUUUUGGAUUAAUUUUAAUGUGGUGUGAAUUUACUCCACUCUUUAAGAAUAUUCAUGCUACCAAACAUUUAAGAUUAUCUAUUUUGGAACUCAUCAUCAUGUCCAUGAAAGAUCGGUUUGCCAUUCAAUUUGUGUCUUUGGGAAUUUUAUCAUUGAUUUUGGCAAUACUUCUUUUUGCCAUGUAUCGAGUGAGAAUUUUAUAUAUAUUCCAAAUGGUACCUCAUCAUACAGAUGCAUAUACUUUAUUCUAUACAUGCAUUUUCCUAUGUCGAGCAAUUCCUAGUAUGUGCUUUAACUUUUUACAGAUGGUUGGUGUUGAUCCAGAUGAUGGUGUUGCAUACUAUACUAUUUAUGGAGCACUUCGAUUGGAUGGAUUACGAAUUUUUGGUGUAUUGGGAGGUUUCAUUGUUGACUAUUUUCCAAUUCUCAUUAUUGUCGUUGCAUUUAUUACGUUAUUUAAAUUAAUUGAGAGAUGUGGAACUUUAUGUAAUAUUCAAAGAUUUAAUUAUACAAGUUCUACUAUCAAUGAUGAAACCGUGUUGGAAGGUCGUGAAAUUCUUCAAAGAGCAAGAAAAAGAAAGAUGAGACAAUUACAAAAUGUUGCAGUUGAGAAAAUUUCAACUUCUUUUGAUAAACUUGAAGAAAUAUAUUUAGAUAGUAAGGAAUCGAGAAGAGAGGAUGAAGAAGAGGCCAUCGAUGAGAUUCCUCAAGAGAAGGAUCAUUUCGAUCAUUUUGAAAUUCAUCAAGAUUUAUUGAAUGAAAGAAAUGUAGAAGAUGACGAUCAAGAGCCUGUAGAAACUACUCCUCAUCGCUCAAAAACAAGACUCGAUCGCAUCUAUGAAAAGCAUGGAAGAGAAAGACCAACAUCCAAGACCAGCAACCAUAGUUUGGUGGACUCGGUGAAAACCAAAUUGAAGAAUUUCAAGAAGAAGAAUUUUGAUUCGGUUCUAUAA